AUGACCAUUCCGGUUCCAAUGCACAAAUGGUCAGUGGGUGCUGUCUAUGGAAGAUGCCAAAUGGAUACGAUCACUUCAGACACUUCAUCCAGUUGCACUAUCACGUCUGGACAAAAUACUUUUCCGGACGAAAAUACCGAUUCAGCAGGGCGUGAAAUGAAGCCACAACAACAGCAACAAAAUCAUGGGAAUGCAGCCGGAUUCGCUGGUUUCUACUGUAUGAUCUUUACUCUGGCAACACUCUUGACAACCGUGCAAGCAGUUGGUAGAUGCUACCUAAAUGGUCCAGGAACAUCAAUUCAAGGUGCCGACUACAGACGAGACUAUGACAUUACGCUUAGACACUGUGCGAUCACAUGCAGGGAGGAUCCGUGCUGUAUGGCUUUCGAAUGGCUCUCAGAUGGGAUGUGCACACUGAAAACUCGGUCGUUGAACGGUACAAUCUCGAAUGUU